AUGUCUGGACAUGGAAAGAAAAGUGCAGUGGCUGGCAAACCUGGAGCUACACCAAGGAAAACUAAAUCAGCCCUGGCUGGUCUGCAGUUUCCCGUGGGUCGUGUCUACAGGCUCCUUAAGAGAGGUGGCUAUGCUGACAGGGUUGGUCCCGGCUCUGCCAUCUACCUGGCCGCGGUGCUGGAGUACCUGACAGCGGAGAUCUUGGAGCUGGCAGGGAACGCUGCCCGGGAAAACAAGAAAUCCAGGAUCCUGCCCCGACACAUCCAGCUGGCUGUGAGAAAUGACGAGGAGCUGAACAAGCUCUUCUCCUGCGUGACCAUUGCUCAAGGAGGGGUUAUGCCAAAUAUCCUUUCUGAGCUCCUUCCGAAGAAAACUGUCCAAAGUGCUGCUCCUUCUGAAGAACAACCUGGUUGCCAGUGA